GAAUUGUCCAAGUCUGCUUCUCAGCCAUGGCGCUGCGGUGAAUUGGGAGAGGGAAGAAACAGAGGGAAAGAAACGUAACUGCGGCUUUCGUGUUUAUUUCGGUUUGUUCGACAACAGAGCGGCAGGUCUUCUCAAGAAUCCGGGGAAUCUACGGACGUCACGCAGGGAAAAACCGCACUAACGAAGGUGAAACUGGCGCGCGUGUGGUUAGGCGGUGUGUUUUGUAACUUGCUGCUAAGUUGCGUCGCGUCCGUAACCUGCGGGAUGGAGCCGCGCUGACCUUCUGGUGGAAUCGCACAUGCUGCACCACCGGAGCCCUCCGGGAGUUGCCUUUUCCCCCCCCACACCGCCCUAGAAGUUUCAAGUACCAUUCGUAAGCGCCGGUCUUCGCGGACACCAUGCCGGGGAAAACUAAAUACAAUUUAGUUGACGAUGGGCACGACUUGAGGAUUCCUUUGCACAACGAGGAAGCGUUCCAGCAUGGGAUUAAUUUCGAGGCGAAGUACAUAGGUAGCCUGGACGUGGCCCGACCGAACAGCAGAGUGGAGAUCGUGGCGGCCAUGAGGAGGAUUCGGUAUGAAUUCAAGGUGAAGAACAUCAAAAAGAAGAAGGUCAACAUCAUUGUGUCAGUGGAUGGAGUGAAAGUGGUCCUGAGAAAAAAGAAAAAGAAAAAAGAGUGGACGUGGGAUGAGAGCAAGAUGAUGGUGAUGCAGGACCCAAUUUACAGGAUAUUCUAUGUCUCUCAUGACUCCCAGGACCUCAAAAUCUUCAGUUACAUAGCAAGAGAUGGGCAGAGCAAUGUGUUCCGCUGUAAUGUCUUCAAAUCAAAGAAGAAGAGCCAGGCCAUGCGCAUCGUGCGGACAGUGGGCCAGGCCUUUGAGGUGUGCCACAAGCUGAGUCUGCAGCACACACAGCAGAGUGCUGAUGGCCAGGAGGAUGGUGACAGCGAGAAGACCAGCAACAACUCUGGUAUCCCAGCUCGACAGCUGACUGGUGCAGAGAAGACUGCAGCGGAGGAGACGGACAUCGACGCCGAGGAAAUCCCAGUGCCAGACAAUACUGUCGACGAGAUCAACCGUGGUGUCACUGACCUGGAUGCCGCCAAGGAGGAAGACAAUGGUCCUGAGACAAAGACCCUGGAGGAUGCAAGCAUACUGUUGUCCACCCCCAGGAUGCUCCUGCCAGCAUCCAGCCAGCUGCCAGCUAGUGCCCCCCUAUCUGUGCACCACCAGAUUCAGCUCCUCCAGCAGCAGCUACAGCAGCAGCAACAACAGACGCAGGUGGCCGUGGCUCAGGUUCACCUGCUUAAGGACCAGCUCUCGGCGGAGGCGGCGGCACGGAUCGAGGCCCAGGCCCGUGUUCACCAGCUGCUGCUCCAGAACAAGGACCUGCUGCAGCACGUCUCCCUGCUGGUGAAGCAAAUCCAGGAGCUGGAGCUCAAGCUCUCUGGUCACAGCUCAAUGGGGUCACAAGACAGUCUGCUGGAAAUCACCUUCCGUGCUAACGUUCCCCCCGUCCUAUGCGACCCGUCCACGCCCAAGCCCGAGGAGGUGGUCCUGCCGCAGCUCAACGAUGGCACACAGCUCUCCCAGCCCCUGAGCAGUCCACUAGGUACGGACAGCUGCCUGGUAAAGCUUGAAUGUUUCCGCUUCCUUCCGGGACCCCCCCAGCAGGACCGGGGUCAGGGGCCCAUCGUGGCCUCCCAGGACGAGUUCCUUGGCAGCCUGGAGUUCCUGAAAUUCCGGGAGUCCGGCAUCGCUUCCGAGUACGAGUCCAACACGGACGAGAGCGAUGACCGAGACAGCUGGGGCCACGAUGAAAGCACCCUUCGGCUCUUCAACGUGCUGAACAAGGCAGCGCCGUCUGACAGCCUGGAGGAUGAGAUUGCUGUGUAGUCCCUCGGUCCCAGCACGGUACCCUGUACUAAACCCACCACCUAGCGAAAACACCUGUGACGUUCAGUGUCGUCUCUGAUAUCUGCUGCUUCUCCUCUUGCCUCAGUCUUCAUUUCCAGGACAGUCACUUUGUAAGUUGCUGUAGAUCAUGUGGAACACGACUCAAGAGUUACCUAAAGUACUCCCUAAGCUGGAUUCCCUGAAACAUCUCAUCUGUAGAGCGCCACCGAAGGAGCAGGAAUCAGGGAAGCAAGGAAUUAACAAGGAUGUCUCUAGCACUGUGUAGAUGCACACUUUCCACAGAUGUUUAUGUUUAUGUACAAACAUGAGCUUCACUACCUUGUAUUCAGUCCCUGUGGGCAUAGCUCUCAAAGUUUCUUAAACACAGACCAUUUUAUAGAUCAUCAGUUACCUUUAUAACUAUAAAUGCUUAUGUUUUGUGUGUUGUUACUGCCAGCCAAAGGUUAACGGUUCUCUCCUUCCUCCUGUGUUCUGUAGCUUAUUUGAGCAUGGCAAGUUAAUAUUUACCAAUAACUUCUCCCAAAGCCCUACAGGACAGGAGCUUGCGCACUAGUUCCAGAGGAACAUUAGUCUGACCUCUUCAAAAAGAAUAUAAGAGAUCCUCAUCUUCAUUCUUGCCCCCUUUUUUGGGGUGUGCAGUAUAUCUCUUCUCUGUGUUACCCUCUUCCUCAUCGGUUGCCUUCUUGACGGUAGGCCAUUUUUCGUGUGCUGCGCCACAUUGACCGUACCCAGUUUAUAUUUAAUUGCAAGACCAGGAUUGUUGGAGAUUGAGUCAGCCCAGCACAACGUAGAGGAGUCUGGGAGGUCGGGUGCACGCAGCCCCGAGGUACAGGGAAGCAAAAGGCAUCACAAUCACUCAGCGUGCUAAUGAGGUAUUCGCAGCCAGCUCUGCAGGCCGGCGCCGCAGGGCUUUGGCCGACGCACAGAUGGUCAGUCUGCUGCUGCAGCUUUGCCCUAAAGAUCGUCCUGUGCCAGUCUCCAGCCGCGGUUUUUUCACUACACAUAGUUCUCGUGUUUGGUUACAUGCUUACGUGUUUCGUUCUAAAUCUGUUGCCCGGCAUUAUGAAU